AUGACUGCAAAGUGUCAGCUAGACGUGACCAUCGUGGGAGCCGGGAUGGGAGGGUUAGGGACAGCACUGGCUCUGCGACAGGCUGGACAUCGAGUGACGGUCUUGGAACAGGCGCCAGAAUUUGUCGAAGUCGGGGCUGGAGUCCAAGUCCCACCGAAUGCGUCCAGAGAGUUGAUACGAUGGGGUCUGGGCGAUCAGAUGGAGGCUGUCUGCUCCAAGCCGUCUCGCAUCAACUACCGCAACUGGCGCACUGGCAGGCCUGAGGGCUUCACGGACAUGUCCAACCAUAAGCAACGGUAUGGUGCGCCUUACUGGCAGGUCUACCGGCCAGACUACCAUUCAGUCCUCCUCCGGGCGGCAGAAAAGUCAGGCGCGACUCUUCGCAAAGGCGCGACGGUGGUCCAGUACAAAGUGGACGAGGGUACCGUCGUGCUUGACACUGGGGAGGUUGUCAGCGGUGAUCUCGUCAUCGCGGCUGACGGCGUCAAGAGCAUCGCGAGGAAGGCUCUUGGGCUCAACGUGGAGCCGCAUGAGACCGGCGACACGUGCUUCCGGGUAGUCAUACCGCGCGAAGUGUUGGUGAAAGACCCUGAGCUGGCCCCAUUGAGUCAGGAUCCCAACUUUGAGCAGUUCCUGGGGCCUGACCACCACAUCAUCGGGUAUAACAUGCAAAAGGAGAGGACCUUCAACCUGCUCAUGGUCAUUCCGGAUGACCGGAAGAUGGAGGGUUACAAAGCGCCGGCGAAAGGGUCCGAGGUCAGAAAUGCCUACAAGGGCUGGUCUCCCAUGGUUCAGAAGCUUCUCUCGUUUCUGCCAGAGGACGUCGAGAAAUGGCGACUGAUAGAUCUCCCAACCAUCACCAACUGGGUGCACCCAAGCGGGAAAAUGGUCGUCAUCGGCGACGCGGCACACGCGACACUGCCAUACCUGGCCCAAGGCGCAGCCAUGGCGAUUGAGGACGCCGUUGUCUUGGGGUCGGCACUGUCCCACAUCAAGUCAAAGGACGAGCUGCCCGGACUGCUGCAGUUCUUCUACAGGGUGAGGGUUGGCCGUGCCCAUGCCAUCCAGCGAGGUAGCUUCACGAACAGGUUCUUCAUCCACAUGAAAGACGAGGAGCCGCUGGAGAUGAGACGUGGCGUGUUCGAGUAUGGAGACUAUCCCAGCAGCCCGAAUCUCAUGGGGAAUACCAUAUUCCAGGAUUGGCUGUAUGGUUACGACGCCGAAGCAGACGCGGCCAAGAAAUGGGAGCAGGAAAUGGCGAGCGCGUCUUCGCGUUUGUAG